AUGGACCGUCAACGAUCACCAGCCCCGGGGCUUGACAUGUCUGCACAUGAGCUGACGAGUUUGCGGCUCAGUGACGUGUUUCCAUCGCCGAAACAGGACCUGAAACCGACUGGGGACGUUCUCCGUUGUCGGGGUCGACACAAGUUUACCCGCAACCCAACCAUUUCUUGCGCUGAUGUUGAUGUUGGUGUUGAUGUUGAUGUUGAUGUUGAUGUUGAUGUUGAUGUUGAUGUUGAUGUUGAU